CGCGUGCCGUAACGCGAGAAAUAAUACUGCUCAGGUGGUGAAAAAAUAAUCACUGGCCGAACAGACGCUGGUGGACGGUGUUUACGAAACAAACAUGGAUGACGACGCAGUACAGCCGCCGGAGAAGAAGAACUGCACUUUUCUAUUUAAAAGGCGCAAAAACCGGAGCAACGCUACGAGGAAACGGAAAGGAGCGGACGGCGGCGACGACAGCAGCGAGGAUGAGACCACGGUGGUUAAGAAAGAGAAGAGGCAGGACGAGCACAAUCCUAUGAUACAAAGUACAAACGUGAAGAAGCAACAAGAGAAAACUAGUUAUAAUAACGACAGUGAAGAUGACAGCAUAACUGUUUCCUACAAGAGCAGCAGAACCACUCUGCCAGCUGGUCCGAGUGACCAAGGAGCAACAGCUAUUCUGGAAACAGAAACGGAGAAAGACAGAGAUGCUCAGGCACUGUUUGAAAAAGCUCAAAAGAUAAAUGAGGAAUUAGAGGGAAAGGAGGAUGACAAGAUCUACAGAGGUUUGAAUAAUUAUGUACAAUAUUAUAAGAAGAAAGAUACAGCAGCAGGAAAUGCGUCCAGCGGGAUGGUGCGUAAAGGACCAAUCAGAGCACCUUCUAAUCUUAGAGCGACAGUGAGAUGGGAUUAUCAGCCUGACAUAUGUAAAGAUUACAAAGAAACUGGUUUCUGUGGUUUUGGAGAUAGCUGUAAGUUUCUUCACGACCGUUCGGAUUACAAAUUGGGAUGGCAAUUAGAGAGAGAGGCCGCAAGCGGAGAAUACGACAGUGGGGAUGAGGAUGAUAAAAAAUACGAGAUCGAUAGCGACGAAGACAACUUGCCGUUCAAGUGUUUUAUUUGUCGGGACAGUUUUACAGAUCCGGUUGUCACAAAGUGCAAGCAUUAUUUUUGCGAAAAGUGUGCUUUGGAGCAAUAUAAAAAAAGCACACGAUGUUACAUAUGCAACACCCAGACUAAUGGCACUUUUAAUCCAGCGAAAGAACUUAUCGCACGGACCAAACUGGAGGAUAAAGAGAAGAUGAAUGCAACAAGCGACGACUCCGAUGAUGAUUGACAAAAAACAAUAUAAUCCCAGUCUUCAUGUAUAGAUACAGUGAUUCUGUUUUUAUACGCGCGAUUUAUCGACGAAUGAUGGUAUAAAUAUUGUAAUAACUUUAGCACACUGCGAAUUUAUCACAUAGGCCGCUAUUCAUAGUCAAAUCUUGUAUUUAAAACCGCCUUAAAUUCAUCUUCAGACGCAUCCGUAGCCAACGAAACGUCACGUACAGAAUCUGAAGAUAAACUCAAGACAAUCUUAAAUAUAAGACCUGACCAUGAAUACCGGCCAUGGAUCGCCUCGAGAGCGGAUCACCGACAAUAUUAGAGCUUAGAGUAGCAAUUGAGUUUAUGUAUUGAUAUCAAUUAAUAAAAAUUGUAUCAAUAUUAA